AAACAUUGUGUCAUCAGCCGCGUUGAAAUGAAUUCAGUUAGGAGGAAGCUAUGCGGAGAGGAUUGUGAAACAACGUACAUAAGCUAAUCAGAGUAUUAUAAGAUGGAGCCAUGUGUAUCUCUUCUGACAAGACUAUUUUUAAUAGCUGUAAUAUGGGGUUUACACGUAGGUGGUGUUGCGAUUAACCGAGGAAAUGAAAUUGUGAAGUAUAAAUCAUGUCCAGAAGACACAAAGCCUGUGUUUGUGGACUUGAAGUGCCCUUUUCAAUUCUCCACUGCGUCAUCUUCCCAACUCAUCACCACUAAGUGGACGGAUAUAACUCAUUACCCAAAGCAGACAACCGUGGUGAACAUCAAUAAUAAUGGAACCCUGUUGCCUGGCGAUGCUUACCUAAAUGCUAACAUCACACGGCUUAGCACGGAUCGUCUUGACGGGUCCAUUAGACUGGAGCUCCAAAACACACCCAUUGGGGAUCUGAGGACCAUUGAGUGUGAGGUUUACGUCUUUGGGGAUUCCCCCAACUUGGACACAAGUACGACUACUGUCAUUAACACAGACCCAUGCCUCUCUGUCACAACGCCUGCUCCAUGCAAUUGUCCAACCAAACCUUGUCCUGAAUCUGCAACCACUGUAGAAUGCCCAACAUGUCCAGUCAGUUCAUGCAAGACUUUAAAUUGUACAACGAGUUGUGUUAUACAUGUUCCAGAGAAGCUUGGGCCUGGUCUGAGUAUAGCCUUGGCUCUCAUAGCGCUCGUCACGGCAGUGUUUAACAUAUACAUGGUGAAAACAAAUCCCAAGCUGUUAAGUGGAGGUGAGUGGAAUUGUGGAUUGUCUCAUUUCUGUUUCUCCCCCUUUACUAACUAGCCUUUAAUUAUGGAAAUACUGACCACUCACAGAGCAGGAAUAUUGUUGCACUAAUUAUUCUAAGAUGGCUACCACUAAGAGCAGUAUGCAUGUACCUGUGGGGAAACAACCCGGCCAUUUGUUCACUGAUGUUUCCUGGGGCCCACAUGGAAACGUCCGUAUGACACGGAAAAAAUGCUAGCAGUAAAUUUUGAUGUUCAGGUGGGCUUUCA